GAGGAUCACGUGGCGCGGGGCCGCGGCCGAAGCAGAAGUAGCGAGCGUCGGUGGCGGAGGGCGUGAGCCGCGGGGAAUAAACCGAGUCCGGACGCGGGCGGCUGCGCGCGGGACCUCGGAGCCCGAACCCGGGGCAGGCGGGCAGCUGCGCCCGGACGGCACGGCCAGCCUCCUGAUUUCUCCUGAUUCCUUCCGUCCUCCCUGGAGUGGCCCACAAUGUCCACCUUGGUCAAUGUGGAUUCCCUUGCGGAAUAUGAGAAGAGCCAGAUCAAGAGAGCCCUGGAGCUGGGGACGGUGAUGACUGUGUUCAGCUUCCGCAAGUCCACCCCUGAGCGGAGGACCGUCCAGGUGAUCAUGGAGACGCGGCAGGUGGCCUGGAGCAAGACCGCUGACAAGAUGGAGGGCUUCUUGGAUAUCAUGGAAAUAAAAGAAAUCCGCCCAGGGAAGAACUCCAAAGAUUUUGAACGUGCAAAAGCAGUUCGCCAGAAAGAAGAUUGCUGCUUCACCAUCCUGUAUGGCACUCAGUUCGUCCUCAGCACACUCAGCUUGGCAGCUGACUCUAAAGAAGACGCACUUAAUUGGCUCUCUGGCUUGAAAAUCUUACACCAAGAAGCGAUGAGUGCGUCCACACCCACCAUUAUCGAGAGUUGGCUGAGAAAGCAGAUAUAUUCUGUGGAUCAAACCAGAAGAAACAGCAUCAGUCUCCGAGAGUUGAAGACCAUCUUGCCCCUGAUCAACUUUAAAGUGAGCAGUGCCAAGUUCCUUAAAGAUAAGUUUGUGGAAAUAGGAGCACACAAAGAUGAGCUCAGCUUUGAACAGUUCCAUCUCUUCUAUAAAAAACUUAUGUUUGAGCAGCAAAAAUCGAUUCUCGAUGAAUUCAAAAAGGAUUCGUCCGUGUUCAUCCUGGGGAACACUGACAGGCCGGAUGCCUCCGCUGUUUACCUGCAUGACUUCCAGAGGUUUCUCAUACACGAACAGCAGGAGCAUUGGGCUCAGGAUCUGAGCAAAGUCCGUGAGCGGAUGACAAAGUUCAUCGAUGACACCAUGCGUGAAACUGCUGAGCCUUUCUUGUUUGUGGAUGAGUUCCUCACAUACCUGUUUUCACGAGAAAACAGCAUCUGGGAUGAGAAGUAUGACGUGGUGGACAUGCAGGACAUGAACAACCCCCUGUCUCAUUACUGGAUCUCCUCGUCACAUAACACGUACCUCACAGGUGACCAGCUGCGGAGCGAGUCGUCCCCGGAAGCUUACAUCCGCUGCCUGCGCAUGGGCUGUCGCUGCAUUGAACUGGACUGCUGGGACGGGCCUGAUGGGAAGCCGGUCAUCUACCACGGCUGGACGCGGACCACCAAGAUCAAGUUUGACGACGUUGUACAGGCCAUCAAAGACCACGCCUUUGUUACCUCAAGCUUCCCAGUGAUCCUGUCCAUUGAGGAGCACUGCAGCGUGGAGCAGCAGCGUCACAUGGCCAAGACCUUCAAGGAAGUGUUUGGCGACCUGCUGCUGAUGAAGCCCACGGAGGCCAGCGCUGACCAGCUGCCCUCACCCAGCCAGCUGCGGGAGAAGAUCAUCAUCAAGCAUAAGAAGCUGGGUCCCCGAGGCGACGUGGAUGUCAACGUGGAGGACAAGAAGGAUGAGCAGAAGCAACAGGGAGAGCUGUACAUGUGGGAUUCCAUCGACCAGAAAUGGACUCGGCACUACUGCGCCAUUGCCGACGCCAAGCUGUCCUUCAGUGAUGACAUUGAACAGACUACGGAGGAGGAAGUGCCCCAGGAUAUACCCCCUACAGAGCUACAUUUUGGGGAGAAAUGGUUCCACAAGAAGGUGGAGAAGAGGACGAGUGCCGAGAAGUUGCUGCAGGAAUAUUGCAUGGAGACGGGGGGCAAGGAUGGCACCUUCCUGGUUCGGGAGAGCGAGACCUUCCCCAAUGACUACACCCUGUCCUUCUGGCGGUCAGGCCGAGUCCAGCACUGCCGGAUCCGUUCCACCACGGAGGGUGGAACCCUGAAGUACUACCUGACUGACAACCUCACCUUCAGCAGCAUCUACGCCCUUAUCCAGCACUACCGCGAGACGCACCUGCGCUGCGCCGAGUUUGAGCUGCGGCUCACGGACCCUGUGCCCAACCCCAACCCCCACGAGUCCAAGCCGUGGUACUAUGAGAGCCUGAGCCGUGGAGAGGCAGAGGACAUGCUGAUGAGGAUCCCCCGGGACGGAGCCUUCCUGAUCCGGAAGCGAGAGGGAAGCGACUCCUACGCCAUCACCUUCAGGGCUAGGGGCAAGGUAAAGCAUUGUCGAAUCAACCGGGAUGGCCGGCACUUUGUGUUGGGGACCUCCGCCUAUUUUGAGAGCCUGGUGGAGCUCGUCAGUUACUACGAGAAGCAUUCACUCUACCGAAAGAUGAGACUGCGCUACCCCGUGACCCCCGAGCUCCUGGAGCGCUACAACAUGGAAAGAGAUAUAAACUCCCUCUACGACGUCAGCAGAAUGUAUGUGGAUCCCAGUGAAAUCAAUCCGUCCAUGCCUCAGAGAACCGUGAAAGCUCUGUAUGACUACAAAGCCAAGCAAAGCGAUGAGCUGAGCUUCUGCCGUGGUGCCCUCAUCCACAAUGUCUCCAAGGAGCCCGGGGGCUGGUGGAAAGGAGACUAUGGAACCAGGAUCCAGCAGUACUUCCCAUCCAACUACGUCGAGGACAUCUCAACUGCAGAUGUCGAGGAGCUGGAAAAGCAGAUUAUUGAAGACAAUCCCUUAGGGUCUCUUUGCAGAGGAAUAUUGGACCUCAAUACCUAUAACGUCGUGAAAGCCCCACAGGGGAAAAACCAGAAGCCCUUUGUCUUUAUCCUGGAGCCCAAGAAGCAGGGCGAUCCUCCCGUGGAGUUUGCCACAGACAGGGUGGAGGAGCUCUUCGAGUGGUUUCAGAGCAUCCGAGAGAUCACCUGGAAGAUUGACACCAAGGAGAACAACAUGAAGUACUGGGAGAAGAACCAGUCCAUCGCCAUCGAGCUCUCUGACCUGGUUGUCUACUGCAAACCAACCAGCAAAACCAAGGACAACUUAGAAAAUCCUGACUUCCGAGAAAUCCGCUCCUUUGUGGAGACGAAGGCUGACAGCAUCACCAGACAGAAGCCGGUCGACCUCCUGAGGUACAAUCAAAAGGGGCUGACCCGCGUCUACCCAAAGGGACAAAGAGUUGACUCUUCAAACUACGACCCCUUCCGCCUCUGGCUGUGCGGUUCUCAGAUGGUGGCACUCAAUUUCCAGACGGCAGAUAAGUUCAUGCAGAUGAAUCACGCGUUGUUUUCUCUCAAUGGGCGCACGGGCUACGUUCUGCAGCCUGAGAGCAUGAGGACAGAGAAAUAUGACCCAAUGCCACCCGAGUCCCAGAGGAAGAUCCUGAUGACGCUGACGGUCAAGGUUCUCGGUGCGCGCCAUCUCCCCAAACUUGGACGAAGUAUUGCCUGUCCCUUUGUAGAGGUGGAGAUCUGUGGAGCCGACUAUGACAACAACAAGUUCAAGACGACGGUUGUGAAUGAUAAUGGCCUCAGCCCUAUCUGGGCUCCAACACAGGAGAAGGUGACAUUUGAAAUUUAUGACCCAAACCUGGCAUUUCUGCGCUUUGUGGUUUAUGAAGAAGAUAUGUUCAGUGAUCCCAACUUUCUUGCUCAUGCCACUUACCCCAUUAAAGCAAUCAAAUCAGGAUUCAGGUCUGUUCCUCUGAAGAAUGGGUACAGCGAGGACAUAGAGCUGGCUUCCCUCCUGGUUUUCUGUGAGAUGCGGCCAGUCCUGGAGAGCGAAGAGGAACUUUACUCCUCCUGUCGCCAGCUAAGGAGGCGGCAAGAAGAACUGAACAACCAGCUCUUUCUGUAUGACACACACCAGAACUUGCGCAAUGCCAACCGGGAUGCCCUGGUUAAAGAAUUCAAUGUUAAUGAGAACCAGCUCCAGCUGUACCAGGAGAAAUGCAACAAGAGGUUAAGAGAGAAGAGAGUCAGCAACAGCAAGUUUUACUCAUAGAAGCUGGAUUAUGUGUGUAAGGGUAUUGUGUGUGUGCACAUGUGUGUUUGCAUGUAAGAGAAUGUGCCCUCUUCACACUCUGGGAAGACGCUAAUCUGUGACAUCUUUUCUUCAAGCCUGCCAUCAAGGUGACAUUUCUGAAAACCCAACUGGCAUGAGUUGGGGUAACUUCCUGUCACUAUUUUCAUCUUGGACAACUUCCUUAACUUAUAUUCUUUAUAGAGGAUUCCCCAAAAUGUGCUCCUCAUUUUUGGCCUCUCAUUUUCCAAACCUCAUUGAAUAAAAGCAAUGAAAACCUUGAUCAGUUAAGCCUUCUAUUGCACAACCUGUACACAGUGAACAGGAUUUCUUUUCCGGCCAAGAAGAUUCUACCUCUAAUGAUCCAGGUAAUUGACGUCCAUGGAAGAUGAGCUGGAAAUGUAAGAAACUAUUCAUUAGAUUCUGAAAAGGAUUUUAACUAAAAGGCAAAUGAUUCCAUAAGGGCCUAAAGAGAAGCCCUACCCAAAGGCAGUCUGCUUAGUUCAAUGUACUUUAACUACCACUGGCUGCCUCCUGCAGUCCACAAGAAAAUGGCUGAGUGAUGGGAUCUCUUCAUUAAGACAAUUUCUAAUUAGUGGUGAGGGCUUGUUUUGUGACUAGAGUUACUGGGAUGGAGGGAAUCUUGGGGCCUCUUUGUUUUAAAAAGCCCACCAGAGAGACCAGAGCCCUGCUGCAGGGGCAGGUUCUCACUUGCCCCUGGCUCUGCCAGCUGCUGGUAGGCUCUGGCCCCAGUAAUCCCCCAUGGCCCUACUGAACUGGCUGGGAGGCUGCUGGAAAGGCUCUCAGUCCACAGAUCUCCACAGGCAAGAGGUCAGUUGCCGCUUGAAAGAGGUAGACAAAAGUUAGGUUGAUGGCGAAAUGUCUCUGGGUUACCCAGUUUUCUGGAGCAGCAAGCUGAGCUUUAAUGGGCUAAGCAUUAGGGUGUUACCGAAAAUUUCAAAUGCAGCCAUCUCCCUUGGGGCAAACCUACCUAGUUCAUGAUAAUAUGUGCGGCUGGUGAGGGCUUUACACCUCUGCGUCUUAAGAUAUUAAUAGAUACCAGUGAUGUAAUAUGGCUUUUUAAAGGAGAGGAGAGUGCUGGGUUGGGAAGGGAGGUAGUUGGUAGAGUCAAAACUUCUCAAUGAGUGAAUUUACAACUGAUGGGAAAACGGGUGUAACUGUGAAAAGCAAUGGCUGUGGUGGGGAAGAACAAACCAGCAGUAAGCCUGAUGCUUGAUGUGGAUGGAACUGACCCCUAGAAACCAUCUGGCCCUCCUCUUGUUAUCUGAAAUGCUGGGCUUAGCAUGCAUGUACUGCUGAAGAGCAGGGCAGAACAAAUCAGGCUCAGACCAGAAGACCCUUCUGGUCCCGUACUCUACAAAAACUUACUGAUCACCUCCACAUGCCAAAUACAGUGCCAAGAUUUGGGGGCGCGAUGUUAAAAAAAAAAAAAGCUAUGGGUCUCAUCAAUCAUCUCCAUCCACGAGCUCCUAAAAGAAAGGUAUUUACCUUGCCUGAAGCCAGGAAUACAGGGAACAGCAGUCUGGCCAAGGAAGGGCUGUUAUGGGGUGCUAUUACUCCAGUUACUCCUCCAACUGGGAGUUGCUAUUUUAUUUGGCAGUCAGCAACUGAAGAAAGAACAUUCCUCUUAGUGGCAGAUGUUCAAAGCAACUUUCAAGAAAGGCUGGGUGAAAAAGGCACUAGGAUGAGUGCUACAGGCACUCCGUAGCCAGGGCCCCAUUAACCUUUGGCCAGGUAGCUACCAGAACCUAUUUUUGCUCCUGGCAUCUCCCCCCAACCCCUCUCAGCUCUGUCAUGACUUCUACACAGUAGAGCUCAGGUGUUGCUGUCAUUACUUCCUUUCAAUUCCCACUUCAUUCUACUCUAAAGCCACAGUACUAAGGCCUGCAUCCCCUUUCUGCCCAAAAUGGAUUUUUCAUACCUUAUCAAAGAAAUUGAUAUAUGGCAGCACAGGAAGCAGAAGCUAAACUUCUCUCCAGCUGCUGCUGUGUAAAACCCAUGCAUGGCCAAAGAGCUGUCAGGGGAUUAUGACAUAAAUGGUGCUGGGAAGAACCCUCUGCCUAAAACUGUCUCCUCCUCCUGGUGCUACAACUGGAAUCCACCAUUAGAAAGUACUUGCUUUGGUUCCUUCCUCCUGCCCUUGACAGAGUAACACGUUGAUCUGGUUCUUGGUGGUGUUAGGGACUGAUUCUCUCAGGAAAGGCACACAUGGUAUUGUGGCUGUUUCCAGAGUCUAUUUGAUGCUACAUAACCUCAGUAUCUAGCUGAGAUAUGCUUCCUACAUGACUAUUAAAGCACAGACAAUCCAGGCCAAGAAGACUCGGAACAGGCACAUUCUGAAAGAUGGAAGCAGCACUGGUAGAUCAAAACCACCACUGCAUAUGUGUUACAUUGUUUUUGUUCCCCAUUUUCCUAAGUGUGUUAUUUAGAAUAUUGAUGAUUACAUGGUAAAAUAAAGUGGGGAGGCUGGUUAGGCCUUGUGAGUUUGGGAAACAGGUUAUAAAAGCUAAACAGUUUUUCUACUGUGAUACUAGACGUGCAGGAGUGAAAGGUGUAGAGGGCGUUGUUUGCCACAUUUGUUCUCAGAAUCCUUUUGCCAGAAGUGUCUCGUGGGACUUAUCUAUAGUGGAACACAUUUGAAGCCCUGCUGCUCUAUUAAGUAAGGCAGCAGGGCAACAUGGUCUAAUACUUCGUAUGCUUUGUGACCUAGUUAAAAUCUAAACUUAAGUUGCCACGUCCAGUGGUCUUUAGAUUAAGCUACCCUUACCCCUGGGAGUAUACCAGAGCUUUCCAAGGAAUACACAGACUCCAGUACUCUCAGGGGAGCAGUGUUCAGAGCCUCAUCUUCCUGUUGUAUUCUUCUCUAAGACUCACUUGCCUGAGAAAAUGCCCUUUUCUCACCUCACAAAAGAAAAUAUGGCUUUCUCCACCUCUAGUCUUAUUGUAGAGCAUGACCCAAGGUAUAAAAUUCAAAAUGUGGAUAUUUGGAAAGUGAAAGACUUAACAGGGCGCAAAUCUUUUUGCAAAUGGAUUUUCCAAAAUUUUCUGGUGGUUCCAAAUUCUCUGCUUUCAACAAACUGGAAGGAACAGCCUGUAGAUUUCUGAGUCUCUUAGCAUGUAACUACAAAGGGGUUGGAAGAAUUCAGUGAUUCUGCUAUCACUGAUGUAUCUAUGUGAACAAGGAUCAACACCUCCAUAAACAAAACUGAAAAGGGAAAAUAGAAUCGAUGAUGAACUUUGGCUCAAUCUUAAGAUGUUACCAAUCCACAUAGAUGAAAUAAUUGUGGAGAAGAGCCCUCUUUAUCUUGUUAAGUGAUACAUUUCCAGUGAAGUUUUACUAUGUUUAAUAAUUUGGUGAAAUUUGUGCUAUGUGUUCAUUGAUUGAGCUCAAUCCAGAAGAACAUUUUUAAAGGCUUACAGCCUUAAGAUUAUAGGAUACUAUAUAAUACCUUUGGUACAGAGAUAGAAUUAAACAACAUAAAAAUAAAAAAAUUUAUUAGGCUAAAAUUUUGAGGGAGAAGUGGUAUGAAAAUACAAAUUCAAGGAGUGAAAGGAAAAGUGGGGCAUUCCCUGCUACUAAAAAUUGCCUUGUUCCAGGUAAGACUGAUCAUAAAAAAAGGCCCUGUUCAUAAGAUUUUUAAAAAGAUCAUAGUAUCUAUGAAAUAACUUAUAUUUAGAACCUCCUGGGCUAAAUUUAAAAAUGAAUACAACAGUUUUAUUUAAACAUGUAGUGUCUAUGGUAUGCCAGCAUUUUGCAACGAUUUAUGAUGAGAAAUUUUAGAUGUCACUAUAGCAAUGUGCAAGAAGAUACACAGAUUUUCAAAAUUCACUUAAGAGGUAUCUGAGCAUAAAAUGUUAAGAUUGCUGAUCUAGGGCCACUAAGUGAUGAAUUGUAUUUGGAAGCAAAAAGGAUGGCUAAAAAGGGCCUCAGCCCUUUUAACUUUAAAAGGAAAAUAACUUAACCUUCAACCUGUGUGACAUUUAGCUUUUUGAACCCAACCAUAAAAGCUAUCUUCUAACCAACAAAAAGUUAAUAAUUAGAUUUGGAAUUAUACAGAAUUACAAAAUUGGCAUUUAAAAAUACUCAAUAAUUUGUCCCUGGUUUUUAAUUUUCAAAAUAUUUGCUUUUUGAAUAGCCAGAUUCCACAGUGAUCAUGCCUCUCGGAAAUUUCCACAUUUCUUAUUUUUCAUUAGGCCUUAAGAAGCUGUGUUUGUAAACUUAUGUUUCAUUAUUAAAGCUUAAUUUAUUUUUUAUAUAAACAGUAUGUGCUUUCUGUACAUAGAGAAUUAAGUGAAUGAGUCACUCAGAUGUUGGCUAUUGUUAAUGUGAAAAUUAAACAGCUGUAUCACAUUUUGAAAAAUAAAAGUUUCAUCUGAAUGAA